AAAAAAACAACCGUGCGCCUACUGUAUCCUAGUUUUGUAAAACAAGUAAUUGUUUCCAUUUUUAUCAAACCAAAAAAAAAAAAAAAAAUCUUAUUGUCAUGUGUUCAAGGACGGUAAAAAUUGAAUAUUGGGCUCAAUGAAUGUGUGUGUGUAUAUUAGUUUUCUUUUUCCCGGUUAUAUUUAGUUCUCUUUUUUUUAUUGUUCGUUUUUUUCCCUUCUUUCCUUUUUUUUCUCUCUCUCUCUCUUUUUUUUUUCUUACUUUCUUCAUCUCGACACCGGAAUGACCAACUAUAUGCCUUAUUCUUAUAACGGCGAAUAUGCAAACGAGGGAGUGAUAAAGAAUGACACUACGAGUCAACCUGCUUCACCGCCUUUACAACAAGGUUUAAUGUCGAUCUCGCAACCCGAGACUCCGCGACCAGAAUCCACUUUAACUUCUCCACCAAAUGAAAAACAAGCCAUUUCACCCAACUUGAUUCGUCGACGUCCUCCCAUUCCUUCAAGACCCGCGAAUUUCACAACCACCACCUUUCAUUCAAAUCCAUAUCCAAGUGCAGGCCCUAUUCGAAGAAGAAGAACAGAAUCCAUCUUUUCGUUUGAGAUGGGACCUACCUUUUCCAGUACCAAGCAGCUUCAUGAUUUAUGUAACAUGGAUCAAUCCAACAGUUACCAAGUCCAAUUACAUGCUAAAAUGGAUAGAGGUUUCUUUAGAGCAGAUCAAGAUUGGACAUGUUAUCGCCGAAAUUACUUUCAAGUGAGUUCUACAUUUGAUGUGCAUGGGAUGAACUACCUACUUCAAAAUGCAGAGGUACCCUGUUUAUUAAGAAAGACAGAUACACAAGAGUUUUUAACGGUGGAUUACUUUUCAAUUGGUGUCUGUGCUCGUGUGACAAACCAUGACAAGAAGAUUGAGUUGGUUCAACAUACACCCAAAAGAGAUAAAGGUCCACAAAUGAUACCUGAACCACGUCCUGUACGUGCUGGUGGUAACCUCCAUCUUGCCUCUGUCGGAUCCAAUCACAAUAUCGUCACCUUUGAACGUCUUCAGUUUAAGACCGCUACAGCCAACAAUGGGAAACGUAGAGCGGCUCAACAGUAUUAUGAAAUUGUCGUGGAUCUUUACGCUAACUGCAGUCGUGGUGAAUCCAUUCGUGUCGCUACAUGUACUUCCGCCCCUCUCGUUGUACGUGGUCGUAGUCCUGGUCAUUAUGCUGAUUCUCAUACAAGAUUCAAGCAUAUGGAUAAUGAUUCCUCCAUUUCAAAUGAUUCUUCAGAUCAUCCACAACAACAACAACAACAAAGUUCACCUACUAAUAGAUAUAAUACAAGCUUACCUAAUUCCCCCAUCAGUGAUUUUGGUCCCUAUUCUCCUUACAAUAGUUAUCCAUAUUCAUCUAUAUCUGCUUACUCUCCCAUGAUGCCACCUCACUCUUCUAAUCUAUCGCCCUAUGCUAGUCAUCCACCUCCUUCUCAAGGUCAGGUUCCCGCACCUUAUUUCCAAACCGAUUCUGUGCCUCCUCCUCCUCCUCCUUCAUCACAUCUAUAUGAAAAUAAUACGUCGGCUUUUAAUGACAAGGCUUUAAAAACCGAACCCAAACAUGGUUACUGGGCUCCCCCUUCCUCUACUGCUGCUGCUGGAACAACAACAACAGAUCGAUUAUCCAAUUCACAAGAAUCUUCUUCACAUUAUCAUACUAGCUUAUACAAUAUGAACUCUACCGAUCCUUAUGGUCGUGAGAAUACUUAUUCUAACGGACUUGACGCUGGUCGUCCUUAAUUAUUAUUAUUUUUUUUUCCUUAAGCCCCCCCCCCCAUCUUUAUCUACUUACUCUCUAUAUAUCUUACCAAUUAUCUUAUAAUACAAUGACACAUUUCCCUCCCCCUCACUUCUUAUAACAGGUGGUGGCAGGGGGAAAAAAAAGACAAAAAAAAAUAUUUACCUUUUACCUCCUCUCAGUAACGAGAUCAAUAUAAGAUUUGGCGCUGCACCCAAAAAAAAAGUGGGCUGGUUUUUUUUUUUGCUCAGUCCCCCCCCCCCUUUUUUUUUUCAUGCAAUUUAAAGGUAAAAAGCGCGUCACAGGAAAGGGGGUUGUCCACAGGUGUAAAAAAAAAAAAAAAAACCUAAC